AUGGCGGACGAAGGCAUGUCCAUAGUCCCCUACGGGUCCGGCAAUCUUGAUGUCGUCCUUCGCCACAAUGACUCUCUCGUCCUCCGCAAUGCGUCUGAAAGCGACGACGGCAACCUAGAGCUUGCCGACUGCCCUUAUUGUCAUCGACCUCUACGCGAUGGCCAACCUGAAUUCAUCAACCCCAACUAUUUUCGCAUGCUUCACAAUAGCUUACCUAGCUCGGUGAACUCAUCCAGUCCUCCGUCUCCUCAUCGACGUCUUGUUCCGCCCGCCCUUGCAGACGGCCCUACCAGCGAACCCAGCUACUCGGGCGGUGUACAUACGAGUCAGGGAAUCUCUUCGGCAGCUUUUACCCCGGACUAUUUCAAGAAGUUCUUCGUGGAAGAAAGCGUGCUGGGAAAGGGUGGGAAAGGGGUGGUUCUACUGGUGAAGCAUGUAUUGGACGGGGUGUCGCUUGGUCAGUACGCCUGCAAGCGGGUUCCCGUCGGAGAUGAUCAUGAGUGGCUGGAGAAGGUGCUGGGCGAGGUGCAAUUGCUGCAGCAUCUCACGCAUCAGAACCUGGUUUCCUACCGGCAUGUUUGGCUCGAGAACGCGAAGAUCAGUACGUUUGGACCCAGUGUGCCAUGUGCGUUUAUCCUCCAGCAGUACUGUAACGCCGGGGAUCUGCACAACUACAUAUGCGGCUCGGUAGACACUCCGACGACCACGGAGCAGUUAAAGGAGCGCCUCCGCAGAAGAUCUCGAGGAGGGCCUGAGCCUCCGAGUGGUGCUGGAGAGCUGCGGAAAUUAAAUUUCGACGAGAUCUAUUCUUUCUUCAAAGAUAUUACCUCGGGGCUGCGGUAUCUCCACGCUAACGGCUAUAUCCAUCGCGACUUGAAGCCCAACAAUUGCUUGCUGCACCGGACCAGUGAUGGGAUUCGCGUGUUGGUCAGCGACUUUGGUGAGGUUCAGGCUCAGGAUUCCAUCCGGAGAUCUACUGGGGCGACCGGGACUGUCUCGUACUGCGCCCCGGAAGUUCUGCGGCGCGAGUACCCCGGCGGUCCAUUCGGUAACUUUACGUUCAAGUCCGAUAUCUUUUCCCUGGGAAUGAUCCUCUACUUCCUAUGUUUUGCGCAGUUGCCGUACAGCAAUGCCGACCUGAUCCAUGAGGAGAAAGAAGACCUUGACCGGCUCCGUGAGGAAAUCAGCCAAUGGUCUGGGUUCGAUUAUGCGCGGCGCAUGAGGCCCGAGUUGCCGGAGCAGCUCUACACAUUCUUGGAACGUCUGCUGUCGGUGGACCCGGACCGGCGCCCGUCUGCAGAUGAAGUUCUGAAUGGACUGCAGGCUGGUGCCAAUGCGAACGAGAGUUUUCGAGCGCGAAGGACCAGUCCUACCAGCCCUGAUAUCCGCCCGAGUGCCCGGAUUCACCCUAUGGAUAACGCGGCGACCCCGUCAUUUCGGCAGCCUCUGCCUCCGAGCAAGUCCCUCACCCGAAGUCCGGUGGCUGUUCGACGAACAUCGGCGUAUGAGACGGCUGGUACUGAGGCAGAUUUAGCCCCUGUGUUUGAGAACAUAGAUCCCAUGUCGGGGCGGAAUACCUCGCUUAGCCCUGAACGAGACUUGAUCGUGCGACCUAGGUACUCUAGUGCACAUUCUCAUUCGCCGGCACAACCGGAACAUGGCGAAGUAUCUCCGGAGCAUACUGAACCCGUCCCACAAUUGCUUCCCCCGCCUCCGGGUCGGUUUUCUCUGGCCAGAUUCAUCCCCGAUGCGUCCUCGCUCUUCGACUGGCAUAUUUCUCUGACGGCGAUGCAACUGGCUGCGUUUCUGCUCAAAGUGGUUUCCAUUUUCCAACCGUGCAGCCCUCUGACGGUCAACCCGUGGGUUGCUUAUCCUUUACUUCUGCUGGCGGCGGUCAACUUCCCGGCGACAGGCUUCCUCACGCAGAUUGUUUCUCUUUUUCUUCAUCUUGUUGUUGAUGAGGCUGCAGCCAUCCAGAACCAGGAGACCGAGCCCGAUCAAGCUGUCUAUCCGCACAGCAUCCAAUCUGCACUCAUCUCGCUGUCCCUCUGUCUCUGUAUGUUCCUCGUGGGCUUGGAUGCCACCAUCCUAACCACCGCCAUCCCGCGGAUAACCGAUGAGUUCGGAUCGGUGGCAGAUGUCGGUUGGUACGAUGUAGCCUUCCGACUCACGUCCUGCAUGUCGCAGCUCCUUCAGGGCAAGCUGUACGACAAUUAUCCCGGUGGAAUCCUUCUAUCGGGGCUGGCCCCGAGCUCCAUGCUCUUCAUCAUCGGACGGGCCAUCACCGGUCUGGGCUUCUCGGGGAUCAGUCAAGGAUGCAUGGUGUACCUAACCCAUCUAGCAUCAUUGCAACCUCCACCCCCCCUCCCACGACAACCAACCUUCGUCGGCCUGAUCAGCGCCAGCGAAUACACCGCCAUCGCCGUGGCCCCCAUCCUAGGAGGUGUCCUCACAUCCAACCUCUCCUGGCGAUGGUGUUUCUUCAUCAACCUCCCCGCCGCAGCCCUACCAUCCAUCAUCAUCCUCCUUCUCAAGCUCCCCAACAUCACCCCCCGAGGCACCAAAUCCCACAUCCAGAAACUCCGCGAGCUCGACCUCCUCGGCUUCUUCCUCUUCGCCCCAGCCGCCGGCGACACCUACAGCUGGACCAACACCCGGAUCAUCUCCCUCCUCGUGCUCUCACCCAUCAUCUUCACCGGCUUCUGUCUCCUCCAACACCGCAAACAAGACACCGCCAUGCUCCCUCCACGCGUCCUCCACAACCGCAUCAUCAUUACCGGCUCCGUCUUCAACCUAUGCCUUUCCGCCUGUCGCGCCAUCGAUAUCGCCGAAGCGGUGUUUAUUAGUAUCGCGCAGGCGGUGUUUUUGGAUCGGUUGAGAGAGGGUCUGGAGGGGGGCGUGCCCGGGUUGGAUGUUGGUUUGGUGAUGGGGUUGGGGGCCACGGGGUUGGAGGGGAAGGUGCCCCGGGAGGUUUUGGGGGAGGUGGUGGGGGCGUAUAAUUUUGCUGGCUUGCUCUUUGUGUGUCUUACGCGGGUAUUGACUAUUCCUGAGGCCGAUAAUAUAAGGCCAGGGGUGUAA